GAGUUAAAAGUUGCGAUCCGGAAGUGUCUCAGCGGCGUGAAACAUGAGGGCACCUUUGCGAUUGGACUCCGGGUUUCUAGCUACCCAAACCCAGGGCUGCAUAUUCUGAAAUCCGACCAUGGGCCUCUGGGCUUGCCUCUGGUCUCGCGGGAAGCAGAAGUACUUGCGAAAGUCUGCAAGUUGUCACCUUUUGGAAAAGGCUUACAGACAGUGGUGGAUACAACCGUCCGGAAAACAUGGGAGCUGGACGCGGAUGAUUUCGAAUGCCGAAACCCUGCUUGGUCGAGAUUCGUCGAAACACUGCUCAAACGCAUCGUGGAGAGACUUGGGGUCUGCGUACCAGCUCGAGCAGAACGGUACAAGCUGCUGCUCUACGAGGAGGGAGCGUUUUUCAAACCUCACAAGGAUAGCGAGAAAGCACCGGGCAUGUUUGGGACUCUUGUGGUCUGUCUACCCUCAAGGCACAGUGGUGGGGACGUCCGGCUGGUGCAUGGCAAACGCAGUCUGAUCUUGAAGACACAGGAGAGUUCAGAGUUUGACCUGACAUUCCUUGCAUGGUACUCGGAUGUUCAGCAUGAGGUUCUCCCAAUCAUAUCCGGACAUCGACUCGUCCUGACAUACAAUCUCAUCCAAGAUCCGGGCAUGCCACGGCAGGUCUCAUUAGGCUUGGACAAGAGCCAUCGCCAACUCGAAUCCUUAUUAAGAACCUGGAGGGUGAACCUCAAUCAUGUGCAAAAGCUUGUAUAUCCGCUCGAGCACAAGUACACCCAGGAGAGCCUUGCUAUACGCAAUCUGAAGGGUCCAGAUGCAGCAAAGGCGCGGUUACUGGACUAUGUUUGCGGAAGAACUGGUUUCUAUUGGUUUUUCGCGCAAUUGACAAAAGAAAGCUAUCAAAAUUUUGAAGAAUUCGAUGCACCUGAAGAAGAGGUUAAAUUUUCUCUUAUGAAUCUGACGACAGCGGCGGGCGUCCGGCUAGCGUAUCGUGUGCAAUUCGAGAAGAGAGAGCUCCUGGUUGAUGACCUGUACGAUAAGCGGUCGCCGGACAGCGAGGACCAACAUGAAUACACGGGCAACGAGGCCACGGGAGCCACGUAUCGUUACCAUGAUACGGUA